ACUCUCCUUAAUGAAAUAUGUUAUGUAGUGUCUGUGGUAUUUGGUUUUAGUUGAGUUCGAACCUUCUAGCUUUGAUGACACCGGUGCUAUUCAUCAAUAGUGAAUAGUGAUCUACCGAUACGAUAUUAACAUCUCAUUUCAUAGUUUGAGUAGAUAACUUAUCAAAUCAAUCACACCUUAUUUGAGUUCUGAUUUUUGCGGCAGUUUUGUGUCUUUUGAGUGAUAUUAGUUGUUAAAUUACUUAAUACGUAGUGAUGGCUCAGCGGCAAAAUGGGAAUUCGAAAAAACAAUUGGAUAUUGCAAUCGUCGGCGGCGGUUUAGUUGGAUCCUUGGAAGCUCUGUAUAUGGCAAAAAGAGGUCACCGAGUCCAUAUUUUUGAAUACCGCGAAGAUAUACGAAAAACCCCGCUGGCUCGGGGUAGGUCAAUCAACCUCGCGCUAUCGUUACGCGGGCGCACGGCCCUCAAGGAUGUUGGUCUCGAGGAACAGAUGAUCCAGCAUCACGGGAUCCCCAUGCGGGCUCGUAUGAUACAUCGACUGGACGGCUCUACGUAUGCGAUACCGUACGAUGCUAGAACUAAUCAGUGCAUAUACUCAGUUGGCCGAAAUUACCUAAAUGGACUGCUGUUGCGAGAAUCAGAGAAAUACGAGAAUGUCGAGAGGCAUUUCAAUCACAAAUUGGUCGAAGCCAAUUUACGAAAGGGAUCCUUGAAAUUCGAGACUCCAGACAAAGACAAUGUUCACGUCACAGCUGACCUGAUCAUAGGUGCAGACGGAGCGUUUUCAGCCGUCCGCAAAUCUAUGAUGAAGCAGCCACUCUUCGACUACAGUCAGAAGUAUAUUGAACACGGAUAUUUGGAGCUGUGUAUACCGGCCGAUGAAAGUGGUGGAUUCCAGAUGCCGCCAAACUACCUCCAUAUCUGGCCCAGAGGCAACUUCAUGAUGAUCGCGCUCCCCAACCAAGACUGCUCCUGGACUGUGACUCUCUUCAUGCCUUUCACUAACUUCAAGACUAUUGACAGUGAGGAAAAACUGCUCGGGUUCUUUGAGAAGUACUUCCCAGAUUCCAUUUCGUUGAUUGGGAAGGAGAAGUUGAUACAGGACUUCUUUGGUGGUUCGCCGUCUCCUUUAGUUGCUGUGAAGUGUCGCCCCUACCAUGUAGAAGACAAAGCCCUCAUAAUCGGCGACGCAGCGCACGCCGUCGUUCCGUUCUACGGGCAGGGUAUGAACGCCGGCUUCGAGGACUGUACACUCCUUGACAAACUAUUCCAAAAACAUGACGACAGUUUAGCGGAGAUAUUGGAGGAGUUCUCGCAGACUAGGUGGGAGGAUACGCACGCGAUCAGCGAUCUGGCGAUGUACAACUAUGUCGAGAUGCGUGACCUGGUGACGCGACCAUCAUACCGCCUCCGCAAGGCCAUGGACGACUUUCUCUUCUGGCUGGCGCCUAACUUCUGGGUGCCGCUCUAUAACUCCGUCACCUUCACCACCAUGCCUUACAGCCAGUGCGUCAAGAAUCGCGAGUGGCAAGACAAGAUGUUAAAGUAUUUCUUCGUGUCUGCGAUAUCCUCGGCGAUUUUGGGAUACUUCGUAAUGUCACGUUAAGCCAUUGUAUCUAUUUGUCACAGUAUUUUAAGCACGUAUUUUAAAUAAAAAACACUCAAAAAUCGCA